AAGGCGCCUGUUUUGUUUUCAUAGAGGACUAAUUGUUCGAAGGACAGUCAGACUUCUUUCGGCAUUUAUUUUUGACAUCCGAGGAGUGCGAUGGAGCGGAUGAAGAAACGCUACAUUCUUGACGAUGCCAAGGGCGAGAAUUUUGCCAAGUUCCUGUGGGUGUGGUACAACCCACACGACCGAUACGGAGGCCAACUGAGAGAAACUUGGCUCGUCAUUCUUACUCCUGGCAUCACGUUGGACAUUCGAAUCGAUGACAGAGCUAGCUAUUCACCAACUAGAACACCUUACGAUGGGCGCCGUAGAAAAGAUUGCACUUUACGGGGAGCACAGGAUCGACCGAAGGUUCCUUAUCCCCUCCUACAUCGAGCUUUGCAAAAGUCCUACACUCCCAUCCCCUGCUGAAGCUGAGCGGCUUCAGAUGGAAACCGUCAUUAGGCUCGCUGCCGCGCGCGAACGCGUACUCCUUCGCGCUUCCGAGAAUGGCUGUCGUUCGCCUACGAGUUCAGUCCUGGAGGAUGACGAACUCGCCACGAUUAUCAGCGACGUGUUUGAGAUCGGCCAUAUCGGUGGUGAGGGACAACAAGUAUUCAGGCAGGCCAAGGAUAGUCCGAGGGAAAAAUCAACGGGGGAUUGGGUGUUCGUAGAUCGUCAACCCGCCGUCAACAAGGUGAGUGUGAUCAUUGCUUUUGUGCACGCUCGCAUUUGACCACAUUGAUCAGGUCCCCUGGGGCAAGCAUACGCGGUCUUAAUGUAAGUGAAACCGGAGCAACGAACUAAACCUACGGUAGGGGAAGAGCUUCAAGUG